CCCAAAGGUACAGUUUCCGUGCUCUAAUCGGGUAGGUGUUCUGUGACUCAAGUCGCAGGAGGCGUUGGACAAACGCUUGCGUGCGCAGCCGCCAGCUGAGCGAGAAUCGCCCAGUUUUGAACAAUCGUCAUGGACAAAAGCUUAUCUUUCUCGAGUCCCGCCGGUUAGCGAUUCUCAGCGUUGCUUCGCUUGUGUCUCUACUCGCUGAAGCGUUAUCGCUUCGAGAUCCUAACUUGUGCCAAUGCGUCGAGUUUCUACAGAGGGUGCACCCAAGUAGGGACAAUGUUCACCAAGUUGAAGAAAAAGAUCGAAGAGGAGAACCAGACGGAGCUGGUCAUCGGCAUCCCGCCACCCCAGCUGCCGACACCGAAUCACAGCCGCCGAGCUUCCGACGGUGGUGUGGGUACUCCUGGCCUUAGCACUUGUAGUGAGGCUUCCGACAGCGAUAGAGAGCAGAAACCAAAGGAACAGCCACAGGGCAGCAACUUGGCUGACAAUGAUAGCAGCCGACACAAAAGCAGCCCACCAAGAAGGUCGGUGUCCACGAAUGCUGACGAUGAAGAGAUUUCACACAAGCUGCAGGUCAUCAAGAGGGAGAAGCAGGAGCUGGAACGACAGUUGCGAGAAAGUGUGCGGCGAGUGGAGCUUCUGGCUGGCCGGUGCGAGAACCGCGAGGACAUUGAGAGCUUCCAAAGCCAAGAGAUGGCCAAAGUCAAGCACUUGCUGCUGUGCAGCCAGCAGGAGCUCCGGGCAGCGGAUGAGCGGUUGCGUCAGCGAUCACAGGAGUUGCAGCAAGCGCGGGAUCGAGCAGUAGAGCUUGAGAAAGCACUGUCCAAGGACGGAGAGCAAGCUCGCGCUCGUCACCUCGAGAGGGAUAAAGCUGCCCUUGAAGCUGAAGUGGAUCGUCUGAAGCAGGACUCGCUGCAGAAUGCUACUCGCAUCAGCCAGCUGGAGUGUGAGUUAGGAAGCUUGACUGAUGAACAUGAUGGUCUGAAGCAUAUGCAUGACGUCUACAAAUUCAAGGCAACCACCAUGAUUGAUGAAAAGGACCGCCACAUCUCUGACCUGGAAGACAAGGUUCGUACCUUGGAGAAGCGGCUUGAAGGAACCACACUGACAGGCGAUGAGCACAUACAGGCACUCGUAGAAGAGCGCAAACAGCUUGAAAAAAAGCUGGACGAGUCACGGCAACAUCUGUCCGAGGUGAAGACAUCCUGGAGUGACAAAAUCAACAACCUUGAAGCUCAGAUCUUUAAUCUGAACCAGAAGAUGGCAGAAGACUCGCAGGAGUGCAGUCACAUGGAGAAGCUGCUUGCAGAUGCCCAGCAGCGCCUUAAGGAUCAGCAGCAGCAGUGUGCCAAGUUUGAAGAGCAGUUGCUGGAUAGGGACACUGAACUGGCAAACAUGCGGUGCCACUAUGAAGAAGAGUUCCUGCGGCAGCGUGCCCUCCAGGACUGUCAGCUGGACGAGCUACGAAUGCAGGCAGCUGACCUCCGUGCGCAGCUCACCCAAGCCCAGCGGGACCGUGACCAAGAGGCCAUUCAAGCUCAAGCACACAUUAGUGCUCUAGAGACCUCUCAAACGGAAUUCGUCGAGAGAGAAAUUGAAGCUGAGAAGCAGGUGACUGCUCUCGAAAACACGGGCAGGUGUCUCAAGGUGGAACUCAACAAGAAGGUGGCCGAAUGCAAGAUGAGCCAGGAGCGGAUUCAGGAGCUUGAGGCCAGCCAGCAGACUUUGUCGGAAAAGGCCUCCAAACUAGAGAAGCAGCUGAGUCUUGUGUUGCACUCUGAGACCACCCUCAAGCACAGUCUCAAGAGGAGCGAGGCUGAAUUAAAAACCAUGAAGGAAGAGCUUGCAAAGCUGAAAAAACUGCUGGCCUCGGCUGAGAUGGAGAAUAAGUGCCUGAUGAAGGAGCUUGAGACCAGGCAGCAGCAAGCUGAUAAACAACAAUCCAGGCUAGAAGAGGAGGUGACGCAGCUGCAGAAAUUCCUGCAGAGUGCCACAGAAAAGCUCUGCCGAGCAACGCGUCACAACAUUGGUGACCCGGACUCGGAAUACAGACACAGCGACCGGAGUGUCGAACCAGUUGAAUAUGGAUUCAACGUCCACGACCGACGCCCCUCCGACAGUCUCCUCAGUCGACGCAUUUCAAGUGCUGGAGUACAGCCUCAGAAGGACAAGGUAGAAGCAGUACGGCAGUUUCCACAGCCGAAAAACCUCCGCCAGCUUCGAGAGUUCCUGGGACUCGUGAAUUUCUACCGUAGGUUUAUCCCGAAAUGCGCCAACAUCCUUCACCCUCUCCACAGCCUACUUGUGGCAUCUGGAUCUAAGGCAACUGCCAUUCAGUGGAACGAUCAAUCCACACAAGCAUUCCGGAUGAUAAAGGAAGCUCUCGCAAAUGCUACCAUGCUCACGUACCCGCAGCUGGGUGUUCCUCAGUGCGUCAUGGUGGACGCCUCCGAUGCAGCGAUUGGAGCCGUGUUGCAGCAGAGGGUGAGCGGAGUGUGGCGACCAAUUUCCUUCUCCAGAAAACUGAGCCCGUCGGAACGAAGGUACAGCACCUUCGGUAGGGAACUCCUGGCCAUAUACGCGGCUAUCCGGCAUUUCCGACAUUAUGUGGAAGGACAAGAAUUUUUUGUGCUCACGGAUCACAAUCCACUCACCUACGCAUUGCGCGCGAACUCCGAUUCUGGUGCGCACGUGGCACGGGAGCUCCGCCAAAUGCCGUACAUCGCAGAAUUCACGACAGAUAUACGCCAUGUUAGUGGCACGGAUAAUGCUGCUGCUGACGCUCUUUCGCGCGGUCCAGUGAAUGCCAUCAGCCUGCCGAGCGGUGUGGACUUCAGCACACUUACGACGGCUCAACGCAGUGAUGGAGAAUCGAAGCGUCUACUGACGGCUUGA